AUGGCGACCAUGGCAACCUCAGCUACCCCCAUUCCCGCUUCUGCGACAGCGACGCUGACGACGAACGUCCCCUCCGCCAAGUCCGAGCUCCCCGAGUUGCUCGAUGUGCUUCGCAUCACCCGUGAGGCCAUGACCCUCGACAUCCCGACGUCGCUCCCUGAGCUUGCGAGCGACGGCCUCGCCAACAUUGUCUUCGGCCUAGGUGACUUGAGUGUGAAACCUGGAUCGCCUUGGGCGCGCGAGAACCUGACGGCGUUCGGUCAACGUGAGGCGAAUCGCAUCGCUGCCGAAGUCGUUCUCCUUGCGAUGCAAGUUCACAAAGUGGAGACCCAGCCGGGCAAGAGGCGAGCGAGCCUGGCUACCUUGUGAGUCGACAUUGCGGGCGAAGCUCGGCAUGUGUGCUGCCUAAAUCGAAGCUUGAAGCGCUGCAUAUGCAUCGAUACUGAUCAAAGAUCGUCCUUCAUACCCUUACCUUUCCCAGGUCGCAACGCAUGACGAAGAAUCGCAUAUUCGCCCAUUGGGCCAGAGAGGUCGGCAUCGUGGAGGAACUCAAGCGCUUCGGUGGACCUACGGCCAAACCUUUGGUGAAGACUCUGGCCGCGAAUCUGGAGACGUUCAUCGGCGCGCUUAGUCUGGUGCAAGGCUCGUCGGCGCCGACUUUUGUCUUGGCCCCCCUCAUCUUGCGCGAGUACAAGCGCAUGGUCGGGUUCGUGGAUUCUCCCACCGCGGACUCAGAUUCAGUCACCGACGGUGCUCGUGCUCCUUUCAAGUCGUGGGUUCCCAAUACUAUCUCCGCGACCGACUACCAAGAUAUUCAGAUGGCUCUCCAGGACUUGAACAAGUCAGGCGGUACCACCAAAGUCCGUACCCCUCGUGCCAAACGCGCCGUCAAGGAACCCGCCGCGGUAAAGACCUCGGCUUUCAGUGUCUCUCGCGCUUUUGAGACGAUCAACGCUCUCUCGGCGUUCAAGACCAUGUACGACGUCUUCGUUCGCAUGAUUGAGAUGCUUGGUGAUAACUAG